UGGCUUCUAGACCGGGUGUUGGAGGAGGCUCCACUAAGGGAGAGAUUCAUUUGUGGGAUAGAUAGCACACAACAGCCAGAACAGACGCUAUGGCGCGAUGACGCAGUAGCUAGGUACAUGAAAGGAGUGCGUUGGUUUAAAGAAGGCCUCUUCACGCUUGUUCACAUGUCUGGCAGCAGGCCUGGUUGCGGGACAGAGAUCACCUUGAUACAGUGCGAGAACAGUGCAGACAGGGUGGGGUAUCAGGGGGUGUUUGUAGAGGGGGGCCUGGUAUCCUUCACCACUACGUACCACAAGGGGUAUAGCUUCAGCAAGCGUGUCAAGACGAUCCACCGCUAUGUUCCCCAGGAGGUGGGUGAGCUGGUGGUU